UGUUAAAAUUUCCCGCCUUUGCUUUGCGAGUCAGUCAGCUCCCAUCAACCCUGAAAACGCCGUGAUUUCCUCCCCUCCCUCUCCGGCGAUGUAUAUCAAGGAGAUUUGCCUGGAAGGGUUCAAGUCCUACGCGACCCGCACCGUGGUUCCGGGCUUUGACCCUUUCUUCAACGCCAUCACCGGCUUGAACGGUUCCGGCAAGUCCAACAUCCUCGAUUCCAUCUGCUUCGUCCUCGGCAUCACCAACUUGCAGCAGGUCAGGGCUUCCAACCUCCAGGAACUCGUAUACAAGCAGGGCCAGGCCGGCAUCACCAAGGCCACCGUCUCCGUCGUCUUCGACAACUCCCACAGCUCCAGAAGCCCUCUCGGAUACGAAGGACACUCCGAGAUCACAGUAACAAGACAGAUUGUGGUUGGGGGCAGGAACAAGUAUUUGAUCAAUGGGAAGCUUGCACAGCCUAGUCAAGUUCAGAACCUUUUUCAUUCAGUGCAGCUAAAUGUUAAUAAUCCACAUUUCCUUAUAAUGCAAGGGCGCAUCACUAAGGUUUUAAAUAUGAAACCGCGAGAGAUAUUGUCUAUGCUUGAGGAAGCUGCGGGGACGAGAAUGUAUGAGACAAAGAAAGAGGCUGCUCUUAAAACACUUGAGAAGAAGCAGAGUAAGGUUGAUGAGAUUAACAAGCUUCUUGACCAGGAGAUACUGCCUGCUCUGGAGAAGUUAAGGAAAGAAAAGACACAGUACAUGCAAUGGGCUAAUGGCAAUGCAGAGUUAGAUAGGUUGAGAAGAUUUUGUAUUGCUUAUGAGUAUGUUAAAGCGAAGAGGAUUAAAGACAAUGCUGCUUCUGAGGUGGAAGAAGUGAAAGCCAAGAUAGCCGAGAUUGAUGACGUUGCUAAGAUAAAUAAGGUGGAAAUAAAGGAAAUGGAGACCAAAAUAACUCAGUUGACUGCUGAAAAGGAAGCAAACAUGGGUGGAGAAAUGAAAUCUCUGUCCGAGAAGGUAGAUGCACUUUCCCAGAAUCUUGUGAGGGAGACAUCUGUACUAAAUAAUAAAGAAGACACUUUGAGGAGUGAAGAAGCCAACAAAGCAAAUCUUGUUAAAAAUAUUGAAGAAUUGAAGCAUUCUGUACAAGAGAAGGCCUCUGCUGUUAAAAAGGCUGAAGAGGGGGCGGCAGAUCUGAAAAAUAAAGUUGAUGAGCUCACAAAGAGUCUAGAGGAGCAUGAAAAAGAAUACCAGGGUGUUUUAGCUGGCAAGAGCAGUGGUAAUGAAGAGAAAUGCUUAGAGGAUCAAUUAAGGGAUGCAAAGGUAGCAGUUGGGAGUACUGAAACAGAAUUGAAACAGCUGAAAGCCAAAAUUAGCCAUUGUGAAAAGGAACUGAAGGAGAAAACAAGUCAAUUAAGGUCAAAAUGUGAAGAAGCUAAUGCUGUUGAAAAUGAGCUCAGCACUAGAAAAAAAGAUGUGGGGAAUGUUAGAAUGGAGUUGGAGUCUCUUUCUUAUAAAGAGGGUGAGAUGGAAGAUUUACAAAAGGAGCGUAUGACUGAGAUGGACUGUGUGCAAAAGUUGAAGGAUGAAAUACGCAAUCUUUCAGCAAACCUGGCAAAUGUUGAAUUUACAUACUGUGAUCCUGUUAAGAAUUUUGAUAGGUCGAAGGUGAAAGGUGUUGUUGCAAAACUCAUCAAAGUAAAGGAUAGGUCCACAAUGACUGCCCUAGAGGUUACAGCUGCUGGAAAGUUGUAUAAUGUUGUUGUCGACACAGAAAAUACUGGAAAACAACUACUACAGAAUGGCAAUCUUAGAAGAAGAGUGACAAUUAUACCUCUGAACAAGAUACAAUCCUACAGUGUUUCCUCCAGAGUUCAACAAGCUGCUGUUAGAUUGGUGGGCAAGGGAAAUGCUGAAGUAGCUCUUUCUUUGGUUGGUUAUGAAGAAGAAUUGCGGAGUGCAAUGGAAUAUGUAUUUGGUUCAACCUUUGUCUGCAAAACCAUUGACGCUGCAAAGGAGGUGGCAUUUAAUCGGGAGAUUCACACCACAAGUGUCACUCUUGAAGGAGAUAUAUUUCAGCCAAGUGGUCUUCUGACGGGUGGAAGCCGCAAGGGAGGUGGUGAUCUUUUGGGGCAACUUCAUGCUUUGUCUGAGGCUGAGUCAAAACUUUCAGUGCAUCAAAGAAGGUUGUCAGAGAUUGAGGCAAAGAUCUCAAAGCUCCUCCCACUUCAGAAAAAAUUUAUAGAUCUCAAAGCACAAUUAGAACUGAAGUUGUACGACCUUUCAUUGUUUCAGAGCAGAGCUGAGCAAAAUGAGCAUCAUAAGCUCGGAGAAUUAGUGAAGAAGAUUGAGCAAGAGCUUAAUGAAGUAAAAUCUACAGUGAAGGACAAGCAACUUUUAUAUAAGGACUGUGUUAAAACUGUUUCAUCUCUUGAGAAAUCAAUCAAAGAUCAUGACAAUAACAGAGAAAGUAGGCUAAAAGGCUUGGAGAAAAAGAUAAAGACAAUCAAAUCUCAAAUGCAGUCAUCAUUAAAAGAUCUGAAGGGACAUGAUAGUGAAAAGGAGAGACUUGUAAUGGAAAUGGAAGCUGUUAUACAGGAGCAAGCAUCUUUGGAGAAUCAGUUAGCAUCAUUGGGAACACUGAUCAGUAAUCUUGCCUCUGAAGUAGAAGAACAAAGAUCCAGUGUUGUUGCUGCACGGGAUAAUCUUGAUCAAGUUCAGUCACAGCUGAAAUCAGUUCGCCUAAAAAUGAAGGAAUGUGAUCAGGAAAUCAGUGCUAUUAUUAAAGAGCAGCAAAAGCUUGAACAUAAAAUUAGUGAGAGUAAUCUUGAAAGGAAGAGGAUGGAAAAUGAGGUAAAACGAAUGGAGAUGGAACAGAAAGACUGCUCUGUGAGAGUAGAUAAAUUAAUAGAGAAGCAUGCAUGGAUUGCUUCUGAAAAACAGUUGUUUGGUAGAAGUGGAACUGAUUAUGAUUUUUCUUCUCGUGAUCCUACUAAAGCUAGGGAAGAACUUGAGAAGCUUCAGGCUGAACAAUCUGGGCUUGAGAAAAGGGUGAACAAGAAAGUGAUGGCAAUGUUUGAGAAGGCUGAAGAUGAGUACAAUGAUUUGAUGUCCAAAAAAAACAUAAUUGAGAAUGACAAGUCUAAAAUCAAGAUGGUGAUUGAAGAGCUAGAUGAGAAGAAGAAGGAGACACUAAAUGUUACCUGGAUCAAAGUGAAUAAUGACUUUGGAUCCAUCUUUUCUAUGCUACUACCGGGAACAAUGGCCAAGUUAGAACCUCCAGAAGGAUGCAGCUUCCUUGAUGGUCUUGAGGUUCGUGUUGCAUUUGGAAGUGUGUGGAAGCAAUCAUUGUCUGAAUUAAGUGGAGGUCAGCGAUCACUGCUUGCACUUUCUCUGAUUCUGGCACUGCUUCUGUUCAAACCUGCUCCACUUUACAUCCUUGAUGAGGUUGAUGCAGCUCUUGAUUUGAGCCACACACAAAACAUAGGGAGAAUGAUAAAGGCUCACUUUCCGCACUCUCAGUUUAUUGUGGUUUCCUUGAAGGAAGGCAUGUUCAAUAAUGCAAAUGUUCUUUUCCGGACAAAAUUUGUGGAUGGUGUUUCAACUGUUCAGCGAACUGUUGCAGCUAAACAAAGCAAAUGAUGUGUUUGCUUCACCGAUCUGUUACAGGUCUAGCACUUGUUCAUCUUCAGGGAAAGUAGAAAUGUAGGUAAUGCCUGUAAUUUACAAGCUUUUAUGUAAUUUGAACAUUAGGUAAGGUCCAUAUGUGAUAAUGUUGUUUCUAUAGAGUAAUUUAGAAGUUAUGAUAUAGUGCUAAUGUAACUAAUGAUAUUCCUCCUGAUGUAACUAAUGAUAAACACUAACGAGGAUGGGGUUAACAUGGGUGUGUUUGAAUAUGGAUGAUCUGGUUCUGUAUAAGAAAGUAUAUAUAAGAAUGGGAAUGAUUUGUCAUAUUCUAA